AUGACUGUCGCACACGACCUGACCCACCGAGGGUCAGCCUUGACUGGCUCUAACGGGUACGCCCUGGAGGACAGGUUCGAAGUUCUCAAAGAGAUCGGCGAUGGAAGCUUCGGCAGCGUCGUCUUGGCGAGAGUCCGGACUGCUGGUGCCAACGUCGCCAGGAGAGGGACUGUGGUCGCCAUCAAAACUAUGAAGAAGUCUUUUGAGUCUUUCACGCCAUGUCUUGAGCUUAGAGAGGUUGUCUUCCUCAGGACACUGCCACACCACCAACACUUGGUUCCCGCUCUGGACAUUUUCCUGGAUCCCUUCAGCAAGAAGCUGCACAUCUGCAUGGAGUACAUGGAGGGAAACCUAUACCAGCUGAUGAAGGCCAGAGACCACAAGUGCCUAGACAACGCGAGUGUCAAGAGCAUCUUGUUUCAAAUCAUGCAAGGGCUUGAGCACAUACAUGCCCACAACUUUUUCCACAGAGAUAUCAAGCCAGAGAACAUUUUGGUAUCAACUUCUUCUCACCAAGACACAUCUAAUUCCUUCAGGCGGUACUCGGCUUUGGUCACACCACCCUCGACUCCCCCGACGUAUACUGUCAAGAUUGCCGACUUCGGAUUGGCAAGGGAGACACACUCUAAGCUGCCGUACACGACAUACGUCUCGACGCGGUGGUACCGAGCUCCCGAGGUGCUGUUGCGGGCCGGUGAAUACUCUGCUCCCGUGGACAUUUGGGCCAUUGGCGCAAUGGCGGUGGAAAUUGCCACGCUCAAGCCCCUCUUCCCUGGUGGAAACGAGGUAGACCAAGUCUGGAGGGUUUGUGAGAUCAUGGGAAGCCCAGGAAACUGGUACAACAAGGCCGGUCAGCGUGUAGGUGGUGGUGACUGGCGAGAGGGCACCAGACUGGCGGGAAAGCUAGGGUUUUCCUUUCCCAAAAUGGCCCCCCACUCGAUGGACACGAUCCUACAAACACCACAAUGGCCUGCGUCGCUGAGCCACUUCGUGACUUGGUGCCUGAUGUGGGAUCCUAAGAACAGGCCGACAUCUACGCAAACGCUGCAACAUGAGUAUUUCGCCGACGCCGUUGAUCCGUUGCGUCCCAAGUCCUCCGCAUCAAGAAUGCUGGGCCGGAAGCCUUCGGAAAUCGGCCGUUCCAAAGAUGCCGCGACACCACCAGCCUCAUCCAAGCCAUCGUGGUUCAGGAAGUCACUUAUUGGCCGCACUGACUCAAAUGAGCCAGUCCCACAACAGGUUGUCAAGGAACCAACCGCUGUUCGACCGCCCCCCGUCCACAUCGUGCCUGAGGCUGCUCCUCUAGUACCUGCGAAGACCCGACCGGCCGCCCCCAAGAGGACAACAUGGAGCAAUGGUAUUUCCAACGUGGCGCCCAUGCCAAUUCUUCCCACUAUCCGCCCUAUCUCACCUCUUUCAGAUGCCGUGACGGCUCAAGCCAGUAGCCGAACGCCAUCUUACAACGACGCCUACGCGAACGGUGCUCACAGGCAAGGCCCACCAGAGGACAAGACAUCCAAGAAAAUUGGACGACAGCUGUCCGUUCAGUCGAAUUCUAACCACUACUCCGAGAUCCAUCGACAACAGGCCGAGCGCGCGCUGAAUGGCGGCAGUGGAUUAGCGUCACCACCAAGUGCCCACAAGGAGAGCUUCUUUUCCCAUCUGAGGAAGAGGGCACGGAGGUUUUCCGGACGACACCAAACCCCGGUUUCGCCCAUUGAAUCGGACAUGGAGGCCCAAGCUGGAUGCGGUCCAUGGGGAAGCCAGAGAUCAUCCAUGGUAAUCGAUCAACCACCGGCGCCUGUGCCAAAGGACACUUACGAACCCCUCGACAGAGCCUUGAGAGACGUCCAACAAAAUGCCGAUAACCUGCAUGCCCCGGCCCCUCCCGCACACCAGGCCAACUCCCAGAGCAACCUGAAGCGUCACCACUCUCUGCCGCAGCACAAGCCUCGGUCCGUGGACAACCUCGCCGGUGCCGCGCGGAGCGGCGGCCCGAUAUCUAGCCGAACACGAAGGGCACAGGCCACACACGGAGUCCACCACUACGAUGCUCCCGACGAGGCGGACGAACUCCUGGACGAGGUCCUCUCUUCGACGCACAAGGCCAUGAAGCGAAUUGAGCGAGACGGCAGGACUGACAACCAGCGACAAGCACCGAGCAACGCCGGAUUCGCCAACCCGUACCCGACCCCUUCCCCCUCGGCCAACGGGAACGCAUGCCUCUUCGGAGACGGGCAGGAGGUGGUUGCGCCCAAACCCUUGGAUCUGAACAGGAAGGUUUCAGAAUACAAAUGGCCGACUCCUCCAUAUGAGGAAAGCGAGUGGGCAGCGUCGGCAUCAGCCAGCAUCUGGGCGGCCAGCAACCGAUUCUAG